CAAAAAACCAAAACCCAAACAAAAAAAAAAAAAAGUAAAAAAAAAAAACUACCUUUACCUUGAACACAUAACUACACCACAACAGUGCCAACCGUGCACCUACUGUGGGCCCCCCACUUGUAGUCCUUCUUUCUCUUCAUCAUUUGCAUUAUUUUGCAUUCAAUCCAAAGGUCCCAACUGUCCGGUAUCUUCUUUGCAUAAUGAGCAUGUUUUUAUGCCCUUUGAUUUGAUUCUCGCCAUCUCCCCCUUUCCUUUUUUUUUUUGUUCCUCUGUUUUUUGAGUUCUUCUUUGAAAAGGGUAGUAAGAAUCCUAUAAAGCAAAGGGAAAAAAAUGACUUUAACCCCUCUUUUUUGAUUUUUCCAAAAUCUUUGAAGCUCAAUAGAAAGGUGGAACCAUUUUUCCUUUUUUAUCCCACUACUUGCUUGUCCCUUUCUCAGGUACUUUUUACUCAAAAAAAAAAAAAAACUCUCCCUACUCUCCAUUCUCUCUUGUGUUAAACUGUUAAUUACUACCCGUAUUUGCCAGAAAGGUAGAUUUUGGAUUGUUUAUUUACAUUCCAAGUACCCUUUCUGGCGUGCUUGGUGAUGUAAUAAUCUAGAAAGUGUGAUGUGGGGUUGAAUUUUUAUGGAUUAGUUUAGGGUUUGGUUUAUUUUUAGUGGGGAAGUUUGACUCUUGAAAGUUUCAACCGUUUUGAACUGUUUUUAGGAUUGGCUGCUUCUCGUGUUCAAGAUGGCAACUUUAGUUUAAAGUUGAAAAAAAAGGUGUGUUUUUUGAGGGCAUCUCAUUUUUGUGCACUUUUGGUUGUUGGAGCAGAAAAGUCUUGUGCUUGGACUGUCAAAGUUUUUCUGGGCUAUCGGUUUUGUUAUACUUCCUAUACGCUGUGUUAAUUAAUUUUUUUUCCAAAGUUUUGGCUGGGUAAAAUUGGGUCUGGAAUUUAGUGUCUCAUGUCAUGUGGUGGUGGGGACAAUCAAGCAUUACUAGCUGAAUGUGUUUGAAUUGUUGAUAUUCAGCUGGAUUUUGGUCAUUUUAGGCUGUGAUGGUGAUUGGGAUCCAAUAACCCCUCUCUGCUCGGGUUGUUGACUUGUGGUUGAUGUGUUCAAAGUUGGGUAGCAACCCAUUUUUUCAGUUGCUGUGAUUUUAGUUGCAGUUUCGUUCGUCUAAUUGAAUUGGGGUCAGAGAAAUUAUGGUUCUUCUAAGCAGAAAUUGAAAAGAUUCCUGGCCUGUGAGAAUUACUGAAGUUAGUAUUUAGGUGCUUCUUGAAUUCUGGAUGGAGGACGAUGGAAAAGAGGAUUGGAGAGAGAUGGUUAGGAAGAUGCUUCCUCCUGGGGCUCCUAUCCCUGAAGAUGAGGCUGAUCUGGACUACUCUAUCGCCAUGGAGUAUGAGGGCCCUCCUGUUUCAUAUGAGCCUCCUAGAGUUGAACCAGUGGAUGUGAAUUCUGGUGCAGUCCCGACUGCGUCCGAGUCAGAAUCAUUUUCAGAGUCUAAAAGAUCAGAGAAUCCUCCUGUUGUUGAGCCAAUCCCUUUGCCAGUAUCUCGUGUUGUAAGUAUUACCAGUCCAACUGAGCAGAGUCCAAGGCAUUCUGGUAGCUCAGAGUCUGUUGUGUCUGUCUUACAGAACCAUGAUUUUUCCUCUGCAUCUGCCUCUGCUUCCCCCGGGUCUGUACAUAACCCUCCCGAUAAUUCCCCAGCCAAUGUAGCUAAUGAAGGAAGAAGAGCCCCUGUGGUGACUUUUAAUACUGUUGAAAGAUCAGCAAGGAGAAUGUCAGAAUCAGAUAAUCAGGUCUUUCCUGAGUAUGUUGGUGUGUCUAAGGAGAAGAAGAAGAGAAAGAAGAGUAGAGUCUGUCAUAGAUGUGAAAAGGGCAAGUGGGAAUCCAAGGAAUUUUGUCUCGUGUGUGAUGCAAAGUAUUGCAGCAAUUGUGUGCUCAGAGCAAUGGGCUCAAUGCCGGAGGGUCGCAAGUGUGUAACCUGCAUUGGGGAGCCUAUUGAUGAGUCAAAGAGGAGCAAACUGGGAAAGCAUUCGAGGGUAUUAACACGCUUGCUUAGUCCUUUGGAGGUUAAGCAUAUUAUGCGAGCCGAGAAAGAAUGUGCUGCUAAUCAGCUUCGUCCAGAGCAGUUGAUUGUGAAUGGUUAUCCAUUGAAACCAGAAGAAAUGGCUGAGUUAUUUGGGUGUCCUAUUCCCCCUCGGAAAUUGAAGCCUGGUAAAUACUGGUACGACAAGGAAUCUGGUUUGUGGGGAAAGGAGGGAGAAAAACCUGACAGAAUAAUAAGUUCAAACCUGAGUUUCACUGGAAAACUCAGUCCACAUGCAAGCAAUGGUAACACCGAGGUUUACAUCAAUGGAAGGGAAAUUACAAAACUUGAGUUGAGAGUAUUGAAGCUUGCAAAUGUACAAUGUCCCCGUGAUACUCACUUUUGGGUGUAUGAUGAUGGUCGAUAUGAGGAAGAAGGUCAGAACAACAUUCGGGGCAAUAUCUGGGAAAAGGCAUCAACGAGGUUUGUCUGCUCCUUGUUCUCGUUGCCUGUUCCUCAGGGCCAGCCUCAUGCGCCGAGGGAUGAGCCUAGUAAUUAUACUACUGUGCCAAAUUAUCUUGAACAGAAAAGAAUACAGAAAAUGCUGCUAAUUGGAAUUCCAGGAUCUGGAACCAGCACCAUCUUUAAACAGGCCAAAUUUUUAUAUGGGAACAAGUUCACUGCUGAAGAACUCCAGGAUAUUAAGCUCAUGAUCCAAAGCAACAUGUACAGAUAUCUAAGCAUACUUCUUGAUGGGCGCGAACGAUUUGAGGAGGAAGAAUUGUCAAGGAAGAAAGCAAUAGUUUUGAGUGAACAAAGUACAGAAGAAGGUGAAGAGGCUGAGUGCAAUGACGAUAACCAAUGUGUCUAUUCCCUGAACCCAAGGUUGAAGAACUUCUCUGACUGGCUAUUGGAUAUAAUUGCAACUGGAGAUUUGGAUGCCUUCUUCCCUGCUGCCACACGAGAAUAUGCUCCACUGGUAGAGGAGGUAUGGAGAGAUCCUGCAAUACAGGAGUCAUACAGAAGGAAAAAUGAACUUCUAUUCCUUCCAGAUGUAGCAGAGUAUUUCUUGAGCAGGGCCGUUGAAGUAUCAAGCAAUGAAUACGAACCCACAGAGAGAGAUAUCCUUUAUGCUGAAGGUGUAACCCAAGGAAAUGGCCUAGCUUUCAUGGAGUUCUCCUUGGACGAUCGAAGCCCAAUGUCUGAAACUUACACAGAUAACCUUGAGGCUCAGCCCCCUCCUCUUACUAGGUUAUCUCUUCUUUCUCAUGACAAUUGGACAUUAUUUUUACUGUCAAGGAAAUAUUAUUGUUAUUAUUUCUUUUACGUCUAGUUAUUCUCUUGAUGUUUUCCAAAUAUGUACAACAUAGCAUAAGUAUGGUAGCAACAAGUGGAUGGCGCAUCAAUCAACUGUAAUUAUCAUUGCUCUGUGAUUCAUUCAUUCAAUUUUCGCUAAUUCAAUGGAGUUCUGUUGCAGAAGUAUCUAAUGUAGCUCUUAGUUUUGCCUUCCAGGUACCAACUAAUCAGAGUAAACGCGAAGGGAAUGAAUGAAGGAUGCAAAUGGGUGGAGAUGUUUGAAGACGUACGCGUGGUAGUCUUUUGUGUUUCAUUAAGUGACUACGAUCAGAUGACAGUGGUCGCAGAGCAUGGUGGGAGCGGAGUGCUACUCCAGAAUAAGAUGAUGCAAAGCAAAGAGCUAUUUGAGACAAUGAUCAGGCAUCCCUGUUUCAAAGAGACCCCUUUUGUGUUGGUUCUAAACAAGUAUGACCUUUUCGAAGAGAAGGUCAACAGGGUGCCUCUGAGUACCUGCGAGUGGUUCAUGGACUUUAGUCCCGUGAGGCCUCUUCACAACAAUCAAUCCCUAGCACAACAGGCUUACUACUACGUGGCUAUGAGAUUCAAAGACCUUUAUGCAUCCCUUACAGCACGGAAAUUGUUUGUAUGGCAAGCUAGAGCAAGAGAUCGUGUGACAGUUGACGAGGCAUUCAAGUAUAUAAGGGAGGUUGUCAAGUGGGAUGAUGAAAGGGAAGAGCAUUACUAUAAUGGAGAAGGGGAUUCGUUCUAUAGCACAACUGAUGUGAGCUCCUCGCCAUUCAUCCGGCAAGAAUGAGUAACUGAAGAUGUUUGUGGUCACAGAUAGCUAGAUGAGAAAGGAGGUGAUAAAUCCUCGUUGAACUCUUCCACGAAAAAAAACACGACAAAUAGAAAUGGGGAACUGGGUUGGAGUUUUUCGGGUUUGGCCACAUCAAGUGAAUAUUAGAGAUGUUCCAACUGUUGACGCUUUAUGAUAAUCGCCCCAGAGGGUUGGGAAUCUUUCUUUGUUAAAUGAACCGAUACUUCGAAUUUGAACUCCAUGUAAUUUUGUACCAUCAGCCAUUGCCCAUUUUUGUGAAUGAGCAGGUUGGUAUGUUGUAAUUGCUGUAAUCUAGAGUUUCUGGCAAAUACAUGUAGGAUAUAUGAUAUAUACGAUGGAGCUAUAGUGAAUGACAACAGUUCAUUCCAUUUUCAUUCUUUGUUCCCAAAUGUGUAGAGGUGCUAGAGCUGUAGGGCGUCAAAAGUCUUUUCAUUGUAGAUUAUCGAGGUGUUUCACAAGGUGAAAUUUGUUUAUCGUACAUACUAUUUGAUCUUCCAAAAUGACCCUUUUUAUUUGGGACGGAGAUUGUUCAUAGAGAUGACCAUUUUUCUGGAGACUAGAUUUCCCAAAGUUUUGGGUGCCAAUAAGAAUUUGUCAUUCCUAUAGUCGGGCAGUUUGUAUCUAUUGCUUCAAUAAUCCAUGAAAAUCACAAGUAUUCUACGGCUCUCUGUUUGUUUUUA